AUGCGCGAGAUUGUCUCCAUUCAUAUUGGUCAAGCUGGUGUACAAAUUGGUAAUGCUUGUUGGGAAUUGUAUUGCUUAGAACAUGGAAUUCUACCUAAUGGUCAGCGCUGUGAGGGAACGACCAAUAAACAGCACAAACACUGGUUUUCGGGUGAAUCCUUUAGCACAUUCUUUAACGAAACGGGUCGAGGACGGUAUGUCCCUAGGGCGGUUUUUGUUGAUCUGGAACCAACUGUUAUAGAUGAAAUCCGAACUGGUCCUUACAAACAGUUGUUUCAUCCCGAUCAAAUGUUAACCGGAAAAGAAGAUGCUGCUAACAAUUAUGCACGAGGCCAUUACACAAUUGGAGGUGAAAUUAUCGACGUUUUUAUGGAUAGGAUCCGCAAAGUGUGUGAUCAAUGUAGUGCAUUACAAGGCUUCGUAUUAUUCAACUCCUUAAGUGGUGGGACUGGCUCAGGUUUAUCUAGCCUUAUUCUUGAAAGAAUUACUGCUGAUUAUGGUAAAUGUACUAAACUACAGUACGCUGUAUCACCCUCGCCGCGUGUUUCUACGUCUGUUGUUGAACCCUAUAACGCUGUCUUAACAACACAUAGCUGCUUCGAUAAUUCUGAUGUUGUUUUUCUCAUGGAUAAUGAAGCCAUUUAUGAUAUAUGCAUGAAGAAGUUAGAUAAGGAUCUUCCAACGUAUACUAGUCUUAAUCGACUAAUAUGCCAAAUUAUAUCAUCCAUGUCAGCAUCGUUACGAUUUGAAGGAGCACUAAAUGUUGACUUGAAAGAAUUUGAAACUAAUUUAGUUCCCUAUCCUCGAAUCCACUUUCCACUUGUCUCCUAUGCACCUAUUAUAUCACCAGAAAGAGCCUAUCAUGAGAGAUUAAGCAUUCAGGAAAUUACUGAGAGCUGUUUUCAUACCAGUAAUUUGAUGGUAAAAUGUAAUCCUCGCCUUGGAAAGUAUAUUGCUUGUUGCCUAUUAUAUCGUGGCGACGUUGUUCCAAAGGACGUUAAUGCUGCUAUUGUUAAUAUGAAAUCGAAAAAACAUAUUCAGUUUGUUGAUUGGUGUCCAACUGGAUUUAAAAUUGGUAUCAAUUAUCAACCUCCUACUACAGUUCCUGGAAGUGAUUUGGCCCAAAUUUCCCGUGCCGUUUGUAUGCUUUCUAACAAUACUGCUAUUGCUGAAGCUUGGUCGUGUCUUAAUCAUAAAUUUGACCUUAUGUUUGCUAAACGAGCGUUUGUUCACUGGUAUGUUGGCGAAGGAAUGGAAGAAGGAGAAUUUACAGAAGCUCGAGAAGAUUUGGCAGCACUAGAGAAAGACUAUGAAGAAAUCGGCAUUGAAAGUGUCGAUGAAGAUUCACAAUAUGAUCAUGAAUACUAG